UGUGGCCUGUUCCAAAGAAAGUGAGCCAGCUGUAACAACCGCCACCAUGUCGGACCAGAAUUACCAGCACUUAGAUGAAGGGGAAUCUGGUGAUCAAGAUUCCAAGCCAGACAUCAGUAAUUGCAGCAUUGAGCCGGUGGUGGAAAGUGAACCAUUUGCAAGCUACUUUGAUGAGAAAGUCCCAAUUCCCGAAGAUGAGCGGCACUCUUUGUUCAGUUUCCGGAAGCUGUGGGCCUUCACGGGACCCGGCUUCUUAAUGAGUAUUGCCUAUCUUGAUCCUGGUAACAUUGAAUCUGACUUGCAGUCUGGCUCUGUAGCUGGCUUCAAGCUGCUGUGGGUUCUACUGGUUUCCACUAUUAUUGGACUCCUUUUGCAGCGUCUGUCAGCCAGGCUGGGUGUAGUGACCGGUCUGCAUUUAGCAGAAGUGUGCAAUAGGCAGUAUCCAAAGGUUCCUCGCAUUAUCCUGUGGCUUAUGGUGGAGUUGGCUAUCAUUGGAUCUGAUAUGCAAGAGGUUAUUGGCUCAUCCAUUGCCAUAAACCUCCUGUCUGUAGGAAUAAUUCCAUUAUGGGGUGGAGUGUUAAUUACAAUAGUCGAUACCUUUUUCUUCCUCUUUCUGGAUAAGUAUGGUUUGCGGAAACUGGAAGCAUUUUUUGGGGUACUUAUUACAACUAUGGCAAUAACGUUUGGCUAUGAGUAUAUUCGAGUUAAACCUGACCAAGGGCAGCUUCUUAAGGGCAUGUUUUUCCCUUACUGUGAAGGCUGUGGGACCCCUCAACUUGAGCAAGCGGUGGGGAUUGUGGGAGCUGUCAUCAUGCCACAUAAUAUGUACUUGCACUCCGCUUUGGUCAAGUCCAGAGAGAUAAAUCGCUCCAACAAGAAAGAAGUGACAGAAGCGAAUAAAUAUUUCUUCAUCGAGUCAAGUGUAGCCCUGUUUGUGUCUUUCAUCAUCAAUGUCUUUGUGGUGGCAGUGUUUGCUGAGGCCUUCUUCGGGAAGAACAAUGCAGAAGUGUUUAAUGAAUGUAUUAAUAAGACCGGUAGUGGAAAAAGUGAUUUGUUUCCCAACAACACAGACACUUUGACAGUGGAUAUAUACAAAGGGGGAGUGGUUCUAGGAUGCUAUUUUGGACCCGCAGCUCUCUAUAUCUGGGCUGUAGGGAUUCUAGCUGCUGGGCAAAGUUCAACAAUGACUGGCACUUACUCCGGGCAGUUUGUCAUGGAGGGUUUCCUAAACUUGAAGUGGUCAAAAUUUGCCCGUGUGGUCCUUACUCGCUCCAUUGCAAUUACUCCCACUUUGCUGGUGGCCAUUUUCCAAGAUGUUGAGCACCUUACAGGGAUGAAUGAUUUCCUCAAUGUGCUACAGAGUCUGCAGCUUCCCUUUGCCCUGAUUCCAGUGCUGACAUUUACCAGUCUCCGGCCUGUAAUGAACGACUUUGCCAAUGGGCUAGGUUGGAAGAUAGCUGGUGGAAUCCUCAUACUUCUCGUAUGCUGCAUAAACAUGUACUUUGUGAUUGUAUAUGUGUCUGCCCUGGGCCAUGUGGCACUUUAUGUGGGAGCAGCCAUCUUGUCCAUUGCUUAUUUAUGCUUUGUAGCAUAUUUGACGUGGCAAUGUUUGGUUGCCUUGGGCCUGAAGUUCCUCGAUUGCUGCCAGACGUCUAACCUUGGGCUGACCAUCAAUCCGGAGCUUUUCCUCUUACAUAAUAUGGAGAAAGAAGAUGUGACCUCCCCGCGAUGAUGCUGGGGUCACAUGGCACACUCGCACUAGAAGCAUUCAGCAAUGCAGCGUGCGCCGUGCCAUGUCUUCCAGGACACCAAGUGUCAUCACAGACUAGCAAUCUAAGUAGUGGACUAUAGUAAAGAGAUGCUGGACUUCAUCAAUUCACUAAAUUAUACUUUGUAUUAUAACCUCAGCAUUUACUAAUUUAUAGAGACCAGUAUGUGAAUUCUGCUUCUGCUUUUCCCACUGCAGUAGUAUGGGAUGCAUUACAUAUCUAACAUUGUUCACACCAGAGGUUCCAUUCACAGCAGGUUCCUGCAGGUGGAAAGAAGAAAGGCAGAAGCAGGAUAUUACUGCAAUAUGGAAAGUCAUGUUUGUAGGUUUUAAAUUGAAUAGUUUUAUGUGGGAAAUGGGGCAGACUGGCACCAAAAGCAUCUGAUAUUAGCAUAAGAACACUUGUCAUUAUUUUAUAACUAUCUGAAUUUUUUUUUAUAAAGUGUCCAUCACUUUUUUAGCAUAUUAUGGGCCUGAUUCCGAGGUGAACGCACUGCCAAUAUCUAAUGCUGGCCAUACACACUAUGAUUAUCUGGACGAUUCGCCGAUAUAUAGGCGGAUCUCCCCGAUAAUUGCAGCAUGUAUGUGACUAACUAAAGCUAAAAUAUUGAUCGGCCAGGCAUGCCAGAUCAUCCAGCAUGUCCGACUGAUGCAAUAUUUUCUAAGUGUCAAGUCGGCCGCACCGGGAAGCGUAUGCCGUACCGGGGCCGACCAACGGACAUUUCCCCUGUUGCUUCACAUAAGAAGGAACGGGAAAAUGUCUCCUCCCCGGUGGCGGGGCGCCAAUAUCAUGUGACAUACACUGUGAGAGAUCUCACAGUGUAUGGCCACAAUAUCUGCUGUGUCCGAGGCUGCCAGAUAAAAUGCCUGUCGGUCUUACAGGCAUUGUAUCUGCUUAUGUAUGCCCAGCAUAAGUCACACUGCACAUGAUCCCGAUCGUGUCCGUACCCCAUAGGGGGUAAUUCUGAGUGUUCGCAGCAGGAACUUUGUUAGCAGUUGGGCAAAACCAUGUGCACUGCAGGGGGGCAGAUAUAACAUGUGCAGAGAGAGUUAGAUUUGGGUGGGUUAUUUUGUUUCUGUGCAGGGUAAAUACUGGCUGCUUUAUUUUUACACUGCAAUUUAGAUUGCAGAUUAAACACACCCCACCCAAAUCUAACUCUCUGCACAUGUUAUAUCUGCCUCCCCUGCAGUGCACAUGGUUUUGCCCAACUGCUAACAAAGUUCCUGCUGCGAUCAACUCAGAAUUACCCCCAUAGUUCUAAUUUCAGGAGCACGUGGGGAGAACUGUAUUGACAAUGUAUUGGUGGUUCCUGGGCGAUGCAUGGAGAUGGUCCAUAUCAUGAGUUUGUUGUGGGGGUGUCUGUUCACAUAGGAGGCCAUACUCAGACGGAGAAACUGUACCUGCCAUAUGGUUGGUUCGACAGAUGGCGGCAUCAAAGCAUGCCAUAAUACCGCUGACAGUGGGCAUCUCAAUCCAUACACAUUUGGAUGGAUGUACACAAGGGAAGGAGUUUGUAGCUGCAUUUGAAUCACAGACGGGCAACUUUUUUAUCCUGCCAAUGCACCCACCUCUGAAUCAGGCCGUGUGUGUGUGUGUGUGUGUGUGUGUGUGUGUGUGUGUGUGUGUGUGUGUGUGUAGGGGAGACUAGCAGGCCAUAUGUGUGAGUAUGCGUGUGCAGGGGAGACUAUCAGGCCCUGUGUGUGUGUGUGUGUGUGUGUGUGUGUGUGUGUGUGUGUAGGGGAGACUAUCAGGCCGUGUGUGUGUGUGUGUAGGGGAGACUAUCAGGCCGUGUGUGUGUGUGUGUGUGUGUGUGUGUGUGUGUGUGUGUGUGUGUGUAGGGGAGACUAUCAGGCCCUAUGUGUGUGUAGGGGAGAUUGUUAAACCUCAGUGUAAUCUGUAUUUUAUGGGAAAAUGGUUUUAAUAUUGUAUUAUUUACUGUAUUAUUUGGUAACACUUUACUGUUAUUAUUUGAAUUCCCUUUUCCAUUCUUUUCUAGGUUUAUAUACAGAUGGGUCCAUGUUUAUCUUGACCUUUAAUAGGAUUAAUUGAGACUGGACAGUCAGACUUAAUCCCCUGCUGUAAUGACUUAAUCCCCUGCUGUAUUGUUCUCUGUAUUGUAUUGCAGCUGAGAACAAUAGAUGGAGUUAUGUUAAUAAACCAUGUUGUGCCUAGGCGCAGCAAUCUAGCCAAGAUAACCGUGGACCCAUCUGUAUAUAUAACCCUGAGAACUGAUGUUGCCUAACCUAAGGGGCGGGUGAUCUAAAAAUCUAAAUAAAUUAUUACCAAAUAGUACAA